AUGUUUCCUUUGACCGAAGCCAACUCCAGCCCACCAGGCUUGAAAACACAGCUGACCCCGAAUACAAGAAGGGCCGCAGCCUCGAAACUUCAACCACCACCCCAACCCCCACACCAACCACCACCCCAACCCCCACACCAAUCCCCACCUCAGACUCCCCAGCCAAACCGUCCCACCACAUCAACAGUCACCAACCAACUCACCAUCACCAGCCAACGUCGAUCCCGUACCCAUUAA